AUGCCAUUAAUCUCUCGUAUUUAUUUGCCUUCUUGUUCAUUCUCCUCGUGUUUUCCUAUUCACUUCCCAAGUGUCACACUCUUAGACUUUUCUCUGUGGGACACUUUUCAGAGCGAAAAUAUAACCGCUGGUAACUAUCUGCAGAGCGAGAAUUCGGACGCCCUGUUUACCAUAAGGAACAGAAGAUUUGAUGUAUUUUUUUUUUUUUUACUGAUUAUAGUUUUCACAUUAUUAUCCAUUCUUGAUUUUCCGUCUAUUUUUGCUGCUUUUAUAUAUAAUUUUAUUUCUGUUAUUUUUCUUGUUUUUCCAUGUCCGAUACGUGCAAAAUUUUUCAUUCUUUCACUUUUUAAGUUGUCAAAAUUUUUUCGGAUUUUCUUUCUUUUUCUUUUUUUCUUUUUCUUUCUUUCUUUUUCUUUCUUUCUUUUUCUUUCUUUCUUUCGAGUUUUCUUUUUACUCAACUAUUAA